GGGGACGCCUGGGGCGUUGCCAUGGGGACGGGCGGCGCUCAGGACGCUCAGCAAGGCUGCCCCAGCCUGCCGUGUCAGGGAGUCUCCUAGCUACUGCUCGGGGAGCUGGGGCGCUCUGCUUUCUGCUGUUCCCAUGCGGCGCUGUAACGCCCAGCUGCAGCCAUGCGCCGGAGAGGCCACGUCAGUGCACGCAAGAAACGCGCAGCGCGACACCACUACUACGAGCUGUCCAAGGAGAGAGUGAGAGCAGCCAAGGCUCUGGCAGCUACUGCAGAGCAGCCAGUCAAAGACAAGCCAUCGGAGGAGGCGUUCGACAUGUGCUGGCUCCCUCUGCCUGGGGAGGUGAAGGCGGAGCAGGACUAUGAGUGCACGAGGCGUGGGGAGAGCUUCCACCAGCGGGCCGAGCGGCUGGCCCACAAGAAGACCCAGGAGCAGAAAGUGCUGUUGAUUUGCACGGAGUGUGGCCGGAGCUUCUCCUGCCCCAACAGCUUCAUGCUGCACCAGCGCGUGCACAGCGGGGAGACGCUGCAGAAGCCCUACGUCUGCCCGCAGUGUGGCCGCACCUUCAGCUACAAGACCAGCCUGGGGGUGCACCUGCGUGCCCACACGGGCGAGCGCCCCUUCAUGUGUCCCUCCUGCAGGAAGAGCUUCAAGAAUAAGACCUACCUGGUGGUGCACCAGCGCGUGCAUACCGGCGUGCGGCCGUACGCGUGCGCCGAGUGCAGCAAGAGUUUCCUGCAGAAGCGAGACCUGAUGGUGCACCAGCGCGUGCACAGCAAGGAGAGCCCCUUCCUCUGCUCCGAGUGCGGCCGGCGCUUCCGCUACAAGUCGAGCCUGGCCAUCCAUCAGCGCACGCACACGGGCGAGCGCCCCUUCCCCUGCUCCGAGUGCGGCCGGCAUUUCAAGUACAAGACCAACCUACUGAUCCACCAGCGCGUGCACACUGGCGAGCGCCCCUACCCCUGCCCGCAGUGCAGCAAGAGCUUCACCUGCAGCACCAACCUCAUCAUGCACCAGAUCACCCACGACAGGCUGGGCGCCCGGCAGCAGGAGGGGCCACGGGUGCCGCCGGCAGCCAGGCGGCGGGAGAGGGAGAGAGCCCGCACGGCCGACCAGCCCUUCGUGUGUGCCGAGUGUGGCAAAGGAUUCAAGAAGCACGGCUUCCUUAUCAUCCACCAGCGGACCCAUUGCCCAGCGCCUGCCGGAGCUAGCGCAGAGCAGGCAGCCGGGCCAGGGAAAGCCACGUGCCCCCCGCCACACCCAGCCCUUGCUCUGGCCAGGGAGUGGCUUGGAGCACAGGGCACCAAGGGAGCGUCUGACCACGCGACGUGCUAGCCACAGCGGUGGGCUGGGCCUGCCUGCUGUGUGCUCUACUGCAGGCUGGUGUGACUGGGCCCAGCCUCUCCCUGAGCCUUGGGCAUUGUGCCCCACACUAACUUCAGUGUGCUCUGAAAUAAACCGUUCCCCACA